AAGACGUUUCCACGUUAUCUCAAGUUACCCUCUCUGGAAAGAAUAACUCUUACCUUUUGCUCAAGUCUAAAGUACUUUCCAGAAAUACUUGAAGAAAUGGAAGUGAUGAAAUAUCUAUAUUUAGAAGGUACUGGAAUAGAAAAAUUGCCUUGGUCGAUUUGCAAGCUUACUCAGCUUAAACGUUUACAUAUCGGACAGCAUAAGGGGAUUGAGCUCCCAGAUAGCAUUUCUCUAUUGCCGCAACUAAAAGAGAUGAGUGUUUAUGGUGGUGAAAAUUUGUUGUCAUAUAAUCAUGAGGAAGCCCAAGAAAAAGAGUUGUGGUCAAAGAAAUGUCCAAACAUGACCACUUUCGAGUAUCGGUAUUCUAAUAUAUCAAAUGACGUCCUUAGAAUUAAUCUUGCUCGAUUUAUCAAUGUCGAACGGCUAGACUUGAGCGGUAGCAGUUUCACAGUUUUGCCCGCAUGUGUAAAACAAUGUCAUCAUUUGACGGAUAUUUUGUUGGAGGAAUGCAAGCAUUUGAGAGAGGUUGAAGGGAUUCCGCCAAACUUAAUAGAUCUUAGAGCGAAAAAUUGCUUUUCGUUGAGUUUAGAGUCGAGAAGAUUGUUAUUGAGUGAGGAAUUACUUGCAGCUCCACACAAACACUCUUCCUAUGUCCAUUUUGAAGUGCCAGGGACAAGCAUUCCAAAGUGGUUUGAUAUUUGUAGCAAAGGAGAAUCUAUUUCUUUUUGGUUUCGUAACUGCUUCCCAUGUCUGUACCUUUCUGCUCUUCUUAAACCAUAUGUUGAUGCUGUGGCACCGUGGGUUUACAUCAAUAACGAACUUGUACUUUUGUGUCGGUUGAGGAUUUCGAGUCAACGAAGUGAUGCUGAUCACAUAGUUGUGGAGAGUUUCAAUAUUGAGAAUUAUCAAAAGAAACAAGCUUUCCGAAAAAAAUUCCUGGAAUCAUGUACAUAUUCCAUGUUCAUUCAAUCUGACCCCGAAGCGAGUAGAAGAGUUCGGAGUCUAUUUAAUGAAACAACUUUGCGAGACAGAACAUAUCAGAUUCACAGAUCCAUAUGAAAGAUUGGAUUCAACUAGUGGAGACCAAGAUUACAGAAUCACAGAGAUCAAGGAUGAUGGUGAAGGUAUAAAUUCAAGAUACAUGGAUAGUGAUGAACAAUUCGGCACAAGGAUAAAUCAGAAAGAACUAGCACUUGGCAAGAAACGAAUGCUGAUGGGGGAUGACAAUAUUGCAUCAAGUUCAGCUACCUGUAGAUGCAAAAAGAGGAAAAAAUUGCUCAAUCAAUCAUAAUGAGAAUGACACAAUCACACCUGAAGUCCAAUUUUCCAAUGCUACUAGUGAAAUAAUUAAUAAUCAAGGUCACAAUUUUGAAGAAAACAAGUGGCUCUCAUUGCGUCCUUGCUGGGAGACACCAUUGUCAGAGGGUUCAACUAGUCAACAAGAGAACCAUAAGGAAGUUUGCAAUGUUUAUAAUUUGGAAGAUCACGGUACGCCAAUCCAUCAACAUAUGGAAUCUUGUGACUAUGGAUUUAUCUGUUCAGUUUGAAUAUGAACUCGAUUGAUUUGGAACAAGCAAUUCCAACAGAAUGCCAGCAACAACAAAAUAUGACUCUCAUCAGUGGGGCCGAAAUCCCAGGAGGUUCAGAAGAUGAUAGAAAAGCUAAAGGAAAGGAGAUUGUAGUUUACAAUGAUAGCAUAAAUGAGAAAUGACAUCACCAAUUUAUCACAGCUAGCUAUGGGAUAUUCACUCUACAUCUAGACUCUGUUUGCCUUCAUGUCAGUGAGGCAAGCAAUUUUGAAGAAUCAUGUUGAUAAUAGAUGGACAAAUUAGUAAUCGUUGGGAAAAAAUUAUUUGCCUUUAAUUUUAAGUACUUUUUUAUGUUUGUUGAAGUAGCUAACCUAGCUGGAAUAGUUUCUAGAUAGAUAAAUAUAUUAAUAUUGUUAUGAUUGUUGUAUGGUUCAAAUAAAUUUGAAACUGUGGGGAA